UCCACGUAGCAAAUCAAAAGACUCGACGAGCUGAAACUUCGAUCAAAACGCUGCAGAUUGACGCUGAUACCAUAAGGGAGCCUAAUGAAAUACGCCAAAGCGUACAGGAAUAUUUCGCGAAUCUGUACUCCUCCACGCAUACUACAGUAAACGAAAAUUUCAACCCAACACAACGCAUCGCAAACGACAAUGAGGACAACCAGCGUAUAGCGAGUGAAAUUUCAUCCAACGAGAUUUUACAAGCAACUAAAGCAAGCAGCUCACGCAAAUCUCCUGGCAUUGAUGGUCUACCAAAGGAAUUUUAUCUAAAAUCGUGGCAAGUAAUUUCGCGAGAGUUCACCUUUAUAAUAAAUGAAGCCCCUAAGGAGUUUGACGGUGUCAUUGUGCUAGUCAAAAAGAAGAAAAGCGACGACAGCAUAAAAUCGUACAGGCCAGAUUUCACUUCUGAACGCUGACUACAAAAUCUUCACUAGGAUACUGAAAAACAGAAUAAGCUCCCUCCUUCCACUGGUGUUAUCAAAAAAUCAAAAAUGCUGCAACGGAAAGCGAAACAUUUUUAAGGCUACCGCCCGCAUACUGGACCGCAUUUGUGAGCUAAAACAACAGCAUGGAAACUCGAUGUUGGUAGCAUUUGACCUCGAUCAUGCCUCCGAUAGAGUGGAGCACAACUUUCUUGCAAGAACCAUGGAACAAAUGAAUUUCAAUCCGGAACUGAUAAACCUCCUCAUGUUCUGUAUGAAUAAUAGUUUCUCGAGAGUUCUGGUCAACGGUAAAUGGGGAAGUGAGAUCAAAAUUCAAAGGUCAGUGCGCCAAGGUGAUCCACUCUCAAUGAUUCUGUUUGUCAUCUACCUACAACCAUUGCUUGAUAAGCUGCGGAGACAAUUCCCUCGCGCAGUAUUAAAUGCAUAUGCGGAUGAUAUUCUAUGUUCGAAAGUGAAUCUCAGUUACUCGCAAUCAUAAACAUCUUUGUUGACUUCACAGCUGUUUCAGGAGCAAAACUCAACACCCAGAAAACAAAAGCCUUGAGGAUCGGUUUAUUGGAUAUGACACCACAAAGUGAGUGGUUGCAAACGCAGACUUCAGUGAAAAUUCUCGGAAUGCACUUCGCUGAAGACUUCUCGAGCAUGGUUGAACAAAAUUGGAUUGCGGUACUACGAGGAGUACAAACAUGUAUGUGGAUGAACAACUCCAGAAAUCUAAAUCUCAUACAGAAAAUAAUUUUGUUGAACACGUUCAUAACGUCGAAAAUCUGGUUCACAGCAUCAGUGAUCCCCCUACCGAAUAAAUAUGCUGGACAAUUCAUUCCGCGGAUCGGCUCCUUCCUGUGGUACGGGAAGAAUUGGACCAGAAUUGCCUUCGAAACACUAAUACUACCAAAAUGCCAAGGUGGUUUAAAUUUACAUUCACCGUCCAUCAAAGCAAAGGCCCUGCUAACCAACCGCAUGCUACAUAUCGGAUCGAAUCUACCCUAUUUGCGGAGUUUUCUGGAGUACAACGCAAAUCCUCCAAAUUUGUCGUGCAUUCCACGAAAAUACGAGCACAUCCGAACAGUAGUUAAAGUGACAGCAUUCCUGACCGAAGAAAUAACUAGAGCACCGGAUUCAAGUACAAUAUACCACCACUUUUUAAAACAGCUAAAGGAGCCAAAAAUAGUACGGGAAAAUGCUCAACGUGAUUGGAAGACUAUCUUAAAAAACAUUCACUUCAAAUUCUUAAACUCACACCAAUGAUCAAUGUGGUUUUCUGUGGUACAUCGCAAAAUUCUAACCAACGAGUUUUUGUAUAGGGUGAACAGGAGAGCCGACCCUAACUGCAACAUUUGUCCUGGCCAGAUGGAUAGCAUCGAGCACCACCUAUUCAAAUGCAGCGAAAACAAACUCAUUUGGAUUUACCAACGAAGCGUUUUUCUGGGCAUGGAUUAAAGCUGCAACAUGAGGACUGGAUAUACCCGGUUUUCCAACAACAAAAUAGACGCACCCGCUAGCAAAUCCUCAAAGAAAUUUCGUCAAUGAUAUGCUACAUGACAAGCGUACCAGCAAAUGAGAAGAAUGUAAAUAACUAUAAGUUUUAUUUAACAUGUAAUUAAAAAUUAGAAACCAGGACAAUAAAAGUUUUACAAAAAAAGAAUGAAAAAAGAUGGGUGGGUAAUGUCUAGGACAUAACCGGAGUGUCGUGACUACUCGUUUGAAUUGUAAUUCAAAUCGAAUGAUACUCAAUGAAAUAUGUGGGAAUGUUUCAAGUUAUUCUUUAUAAUAAUUAUGGUGGUUCUGAAAAGAACCUUUGUUGUUGGCGUCUGCGUAGAUAGGGGAUGCGCUGGAUUCUAAGCUCGUUGAGACAUUCAUUCAUGAAAUGAACAAUUUUCUUGCUUUGAAAUAUCAAUGUUAAAAUCUCUCGAAACAACCAUCGGAAUCUUUUCCGUACAGAAAUGAACACGCUUAGCGAAAAACUAGGGGCGGGUAAUGUCCGGGACAUAACUGCGAUGCUCAUAUUCUUAAAAUUCUGCUUGUAUCUCUUUCAAAUGGCUAAAUUUUGCGCAUUAAGUUCGAUUCACCGGGCUCAGCGAAAUUUUCCUGGGGAUCCCGUUCGUUAGUAUAUUCAGCAAAACAAUUUUAUUACCGAGUUCUCCGCGUUGAAUACAGGUCAAUAAUUUCAUAUAAUGAUUUCAACAUGCAGACAAUGUACAUGUAUGACAGGUCCGAGUGUUCUGAAGUGGUUUUAGUGGAGGUAACAACAUAAAAUCAUGUAUUGGACAUUUUACAAUGAUUCUCCUUAACCCUGCAAAACCACGUGAUUGGCAGCAGAGGGUUAAGUUGUUUGGAAGAGAUGACAGUUAAUAUAUGAUAACUAAAAAUAUAAAAUUGUUCUAUAAAUUGCAAAGUUAUUGCCGCGUUGACCUGAAAAUUUGUCAUUUCAUUCAUAAAGGAACAAUCAUUGAAAUUAUGUCAAUUUAUGCUGUGCAAGAUUUGAAAUAACUUCGAAGUGUGGUCACGACACCCCUGUUAUGUCAUAUACAUUACCAAACCAUCCUUUUUCAUUUUGCAUUCGUCCUAAUAAGGACGGUUUGUGGAUAACUAUGUUGAUACAAGACGGGAAUCUUUUAAAACAAUUCAAACCUUGCCGACGAUUGUUUUUACUGCGUACAUCCAUACGAUCUUUCCCCUUUCGCAGCUCACGCCGAAUGAGCACGGUUUUCAUCAUGGUGUUCCUAUUUAUUGACUUUACAAUGCAGAUGGAAGGACGUCCUUUUGUUCGAUAAAUGAAAAUAUUUUCAUCAUUCGUUUUGGUGUAGCUUUCGCUUAGUGGCAGAGUUGCCACAUUCACUGAUUUUCUUGGAAGGAUUUGCAAAAACCUUCGGGUUUGUAGAUUGGAAAAACAUUUUCUUAUGAUUCACUGGUAAAAGUACAGAAUUACCAAGCCCAAACUUAAUACUAGUUAAUAAAAGAAACUUUCUAAUUAAAUUCUUUUUCCAUUUUGCCUUCGUCCUAAUAAGGACGGUUUGUGGAUAACUAUGUUGAUACAAGACGGGAAUCUUUUAAAACAAUUCAAACCUUGCCGACGAUUGCUUUUACUGCGUACAUCCAUACGAUCUUUCCCCUUUCGCAGCUCACACCGAAUGAGUACGCUUUGCAGCCUUCGAUGUUUUGGUGGCAUUUUUAGUGGCAGUUACUACCGCCUUUUCAGUGACUGCGUUUCUUAGCCUUUGGCUUUUUGGCCUUCUCACCACCACCACCUCCACCAACGUUUUUCUUCUUCUCUCCGAUGGUAGCUGAUUUGAUUGGUCGUCCGAUGCAGCUUCUCACGACCACGCACGUCUGUUAUGCACUGCGUCUUACACACGUCUGGCUUUGAGAAAAGCUGCGACACCCCUAUUUAUAGGUUUUAUCAUUAAUGUUGAUUUCAUUUAAAGUAGUUUUCGAACUAUUUAAACAAAUUUUAUAUAGCAAAGAACGUAUCGGUAGCAAGCAUUGAACGUUUUCCUUCCGAUUUAUGAAACAAGAUUGGCAAUCCGUUUUGUAGAAGAAAAGUUAAUAAGGUUCAAAAUGUACGUAACGCUUUCGCUAAUAUGCACUACUAUCGCUUUCUCGCUCGUUCUCGUGGCGUGCAUGAGCCUUUCCUUUCCGUCCGACUUCUAAUGGCUUAACCAAAACUAAUAUCCCGGCUUUCCCCCACCAACUGCUCUCGUCAAGCAACCCAAUACGAAUAAUCAUAGGAACAAACAUGUAGUGGACCUAUAUAUAAACUUUUCAUUAUUUUAUUGUUCAUUUGCUGCACCAUUUUGACGGCUCUGUGCGGGAUGGGCUGAAAAUGUUCACUUUUCCGAGUCGUUUUCGAAAGAUUUUUCAAAACACUAUUUUUCCGUUGAUAAUGAAUAUCCUACAUAUUCCACAAUUUAAUACAACAUUGGUACAAAUAUUUUCGAUAAAAUGCCGAAGAAAUUGAUUAAAUCCAUUCAGUACAACAAAAGAUAUAAGCGUUCAAAAUCUUACAUCAUUUUUCUUCCAAAAUUUUGAAAAGGGGCCCCUAUAUUGAAAGGUAAGUCGUUAGUCACGACAAAAAAACUUACCUCGGUAUGAGGAGAAUUGAAACAAAGAAAACACUGGUACAAAAAUUAAUAUAUUGAAAGUUUCUUAUUGAUUUGUACCAGUUAUUCGGAUAUAAUUUGAUAAAGCAUAAGCAGAAGUAAGAAAUUUAAAAAUAAGCAAUCAUCGAAUGACAGUUUUUGUCGUUUUAUCCAACAAAAACCGAAAAUUGUUUCAACCCUCCUCGGUCUCCCCUAUAAUUAUUAGGUAAUAUCGGUAAAUCAAUCAAUCAAAUACCACUAAUCUCAAAUUGAUUAAAGGUCGAUUGUGGUACGAGCUACCUUAUUAUAUCACAGAGGUUUGCUAUGUAGAGAACAGGUUUGAAGUAAAUUUACGACACCGAAUUUAUGCUCGAGUAGCAUCAUGAUUAAAUGCAUCUCUUAUGGUUAUUUAGUUGCUUAUCAUCUGGAAAUGCGAAAUGGAGUGCAACUGUCUACUUGAAGACACUCGAAAAGAAACUAAUAGUAUAUUAGUAUAACUUAACUGAAAUGUACCAAUGAAUUAAAUAAAUUUUAUUUCAGUUCGAGUCUCGCCAAAAACGGACUACGAAAACUUCAACAGUUGCUAUUGGAACAUUUGUAGGACCAUUUUCUAACUUAUAUUUGGGGACAAUACAUAAACUAUCUUGUUUGAUUGUUAACCAUUCCAAAACUUGUUAUUUUAUUAUUUUAAAGCAGAAAGUAGUUUUGAUGCUCUUUGACUGAAUACGUAGAUACUACAGUUUUAUAUGCAUGCAUUGAAUAUUACAGUCACAAUAAUUGUUCGUCAUUGUGUAUGUAUGUUUUGUUCAAAGAUUUGUAAAUGACUGCCCAAAGAAAAUAUUUGUGUCGACGUUUAAGGAAAAUUACUAGGGGGAUCUCAUUCUCUUGGUAAAUAGUAAAUUGAGGAAAAGCAUUAAUUUCUUAACUUCGCUUCAUAAGAAAUAGUCAUCCUCAUUCCUGGAAAUAACUAUUUUCACCGAUCAAAUCCAAUCCGUUCGGUAGCCCUGGUUCGAGAUUUUACGAGGCACGUUUUAUUCUUGUCAUUUUUAUUUUUCGUCACCUCAAUCUCUGGCAACCACCCACAAAUCAAUCGCACCAAGCCAAUCGUCCACCAAAUAAGGGAUUAAGGAAGGAAGCGUAUAUUUGAUAUUGAAAAACAAACACAGUAUUAACAACGACACGACUAGACACUUGCAUUCCGAAACUGUAUCUCAAAUCUGACUACCCCUCAGUGACUCAGGUAACUGGAAAUGUCAAAUUUGAUGUUUGCUUAAAAUAUUCAUGAAACUAGCAGCUCUGACGAAUCUGUUGCUAUAUUUUUUUUCUAAUAACAGUAACCCAUGGUUACAAUAUUGUGACUAUAAAUAAACUGGUUGGAAUUUUCAAUUCUUUAAAAUUAAUUUUAUGAUUAUUGGUGAACAAAUAAGCUUCCCGGCGCCGAAUUUGCUCAUUCCAGAGGUCAAUCAGCUUGGGUACGGAGAGAAAAUGGUAUCAGCUAACGAGAAUCAACUGCGCUACGAUGGCCGAGUGGUGGUCGUUACCGGUGCCGGUGCUGGUCUAGGUCGCGAAUAUGCCUUGCUGUUCGGUUCCCGCGGUGCAAAGGUUGUGGUGAAUGAUUUGGGUGGCAAUUUUCACGGUCAGGGCAAAUCGAAUGCAGCCGAUAAUGUGGUACAGGAAAUCCGAGCGGCUGGCGGAACCGCGGUUCCAGAUUACAACUCCGUAGUGGAUGGGGGUAAAAUUAUUCAGACUGCAAUGGAAGCAUUUGCCCGUGUUGAUGUUUUGAUUAACAACGCUGGAAUUUUGCGAGACAAGAGUCUUGCUCGCAUUUCCGAUGAGGACUGGAAUCUUAUUCAUGAUGUGCACUUGAAAGGUAGUUUCCUAACGACGCGAGCUGCCUGGGCGAUCAUGAAAAAACAGAACUAUGGUCGAAUGAUUAUGACAUCCAGCAACUCCGGUGUCUAUGGAAAUUUCGGCCAAGCCAAUUAUAGUGCCGCCAAACUAGGAUUGGUCGGGUUAGCCAACACAGUCGCAAUCGAGGGAGCUAAAAAUAACAUUCAAUGCAAUGUAAUCGUUCCAACGGCUGCGUCAAGGAUGACCGAGGGAAUACUUCCAGAGGUUUUGUUCAAUAAGCUUAAACCUAAAUUGAUUGCUCCGGUCGUUGCUUAUCUGUGUCAUCAAUCCUGUCAGAAUACGGGGGCAAUAAUUGAAAGUGCAGCUGGUUGGGCCUAUCACCAAUUGCAAGAGACUUCGUGGGGCAGUACCAGGCGGGUUUCAUGAGCGAACGAUCUACCACAGACCAGGUGUUCGCUCUUCGUCAAGUACUGCAGAAAUGCCGCGAGUACAAUGUGCCCACACAUCAUUUGUUCAUCGACUUCAAAGCCGCAUACGACACUAUCGAUCGAGAUCAGCUAUGGCAGAUUAUGCACGAGUACGGAUUCCCGGAUAAACUGACGCGAUUAGUGAAGGCGACGAUGGAUCGGGUGAUGU